CACAAUUCACAAGCAAAAAGCAAGCUAUGUUUCCUCCUCUCCACGACUGCGACGUCUUCCGCUGGAAAUCGAUUUAGGGCAGACACACUCACAGCAAAAUUGAAAAAAAAAAAAAAAAAAAUAAUAAUCAAAAAAAAAAAAAAACUGAAAAUCUCCAUUUCUGCACAGUCCAUUCUGCCAAACGUAAGAUCUCUUCCUCCUCUGCCGAUCUGCCUCUCAGGCUAUAAGUUGAUAUUCACUGUAAGAGCUUCUCAAAUCAGCAUUCUUUCUAUUGAUACUCAAGACACAGAAGAGCUGCCUCUGAACGAGGGAUGAAAUUUUGCAUCUUCUACUGACACUUGUGCAAUGUCGGGGUUACUUAAUUCUUCUAUCAACGGAUCAGCAUCAAAUCUUCAAGAUAGUAGUGGGCGGUCUUUUGCUACAUCAUUCUCUGGUCAGUCUGGUGUGGCCUCCCCUGUUUACCAUCAUACCGGUACUAUUCAGGGACUGCAUAAUAUUCAUGGUAGUUUUAAUGUUGCCAACAUACCGGGUACACUGUCAUCAAGAAACUCAACAAUGAAUAAUGUUCCUUCGGGUGGGGUUCAACAACCUACAGGAAGCCUUUCCACUGGAAGAUUUGCAUCAAAUAAUCUCCCUGUUGCUCUUUCUCAGCUAUCGCAUGGCAUUUCCCAUUCAGGAGUAACAAAUAGAGGAGGUAUUAGUGUUGUAGGAAAUCCUGGAUUUAGUAGUAACACAAAUGGAGUUGGUGGUUCUAUUCCUGGGAUUCUCUCAAACUCUGCAAUUGGUAACCGGAAUGCUGUUCCAGGAUUGGGAGUUUCCCCAAUUUUGGGAAAUGCAGGUACUAGGAUAACAAGUUCUAUGGGAAACAUGGUUGGUGGCAACAUUGGCCGCAGCAUAAGCUCUGCUGGAGGACUAUCUGUUCCUGGUCUUGCAUCACGUUUAAAUCUGACUGCAAAUAGUGGAUCUGGAAGUUUAAGUGUACAAGGACAGAAUAGGUUGAUGAGUGGCGUGCUUCCACAAGGAUCACCGCAGGUCAUUUCUAUGUUGGGCAAUUCGUAUCCUACUGGCGGGGGCCCUCUUUCCCAAAGCCAUGUUCAAGCAGUGAACAACCUAAGCUCUAUGGGAAUGUUAAAUGAUGUGAACUCCAAUGAUAAUUCUCCUUUUGACAUAAACAAUGAUUUCCCUCAAUUGACAAGUCGUCCUAGUUCUGCUGGGGGACCUCAAGGGCAAUUGGGCUCAUUACGAAAACAAGGUCUUGGAGUUAGUCCGAUUGUUCAACAAAACCAAGAGUUCAGCAUUCAAAAUGAAGACUUCCCUGCUUUGCCAGGAUUCAAAGGUGGUAAUGCUGAUUAUGGAAUGGAUUUGCACCAGAAAGAACAACUGCAUGACAAUACAAUGUCAAUGAUGCAAUCUCAGCACUUCUCUAUGGGUAGAUCUGCUGGAUUCAGCUUAGCAGGAUCCUAUUCAUCGCAUCGGCCACAGCAGCAACAGCAACAUGCUCCAUCAGUUAGCAGUGGUGGUGUCUCCUUUUCACCUGUAAACAACCAAGAUCUUCUCCAUUUACAUGGCUCAGAUAUUUUCCCAUCUUCACAUUCGAGCUACCACUCUCAGACCAGUGGGCCCCCUGGCAUUGCACUAAGACCUCUAAAUUCUCCAAAUACAGUUUCUGGCAUUGGAUAUGAUCAGCUUAUGCAGCAGUAUCAACAACACCAGAACCAGUCUCAGUUCCGUCUGCAGCAGAUGUCUGCUGUCAAUCAGUCAUUUCGGGAUCCAAGCAUGAAAUCAAUGCCGGCUACACAAUCUCCAGAUCCAUAUGGUUUACUUGGUUUGUUGAGUGUAAUAAGGAUGAGUGAUGCUGAUCUUACUUCCCUUGCCCUUGGAAUUGAUCUGACAACCCUUGGUUUAAAUUUGAAUUCAACGGAAAAUCUUCACAAGACUUUUGGUUCUCCAUGGUCUGAAGAACCUGCUAAGGGUGAUCCGGAGUUUACUGUGCCACAAUGUUAUUAUGCGAAACAACCGCCCCCUUUGCAUCAAGGAUACUUUUCAAAGUUCUUAGUGGAUACUUUGUUCUAUAUUUUCUACAGUAUGCCAAAAGACGAGGCCCAAUUAUAUGCUGCAAAUGAACUUUACAAUAGAGGCUGGUUAUAUCACAAGGAACACCGAUUAUGGUUCUUAAAAGCCCCUAACGUGGAGCCACUAGUGAAGACAAAUACCUACGAAAGAGGUUCUUAUCUCUGUUUUGAUCCAAUCACUUUUGAAACGAUACGCAAGGACAAUGUUGUUCUUCAGUACGAAUCGUUGGAAAAGAGACCAGCACUUCCACAACAUUGACAUGCUUUUUCUUUUUACUGAUUUUCAAUGUAAAUUUUGGGCAAUGUACUUCGUUAGAACGUCCAGUCAGCUUCAGCAUUACCGGUAUUUGAUUUUAGCAAUUGUGUCAAUCUUGUUGCAUUUUUAAUCUAACAAUUUUAGCCUCUCAUUAUUUAUGGUUAUAGAUCAAGUAUAAGAUAAUGUUUAAUCAAAGAUGAAUUUAAUU